AUGGCCGACAUAAACAUGACGGACGCACCGGCUCCCAAGGCAAAGGCAGCCAAGGUUGGAGGCAGUGGCGACACAGGGGAUAAGAAGCGGUUCGAAGUCAAGAAGUGGAAUGCGGUAGCACUCUGGGCCUGGGAUAUUGUAGUUGACAACUGUGCCAUCUGUCGCAACCACAUCAUGGAUCUCUGCAUAGAGUGCCAGGCAAACCAGGCCUCUGCAACCAGCGAGGAGUGCACAGUGGCAUGGGGUAUCUGCAAUCAUGCAUUCCACUUCCACUGCAUAUCCCGAUGGCUGAAGACGCGCCAAGUCUGCCCUCUCGACAACCGCGACUGGGAGUUCCAGAAAUAUGGACGAUAA